AUGGAGCAGAUCACUGGAAAGCUAUCCUCUCUCAUGAACGGGACGAAAGACCAAGCAAAGAAGCUAGAGACGGUAGAGCUCCCACCUGGAAAGCCUGGAGCACCCUACGUGAUCUCUUCGCAAGACGGCGAGAUCAUCUACAUACCACUCUCCAAAUCAGCGACUCGACUCCUAAUCACUGGAAAGGAGACAGAAGAUGCCUUCUGUGUGGUAGCCAGUGGCGGGAGCCAAGGCGAUCCAAUAGGUUUCCACUACCAUCGCGAAGCACACGAUGUCUUCCUGUGUUUGCAAGGGAAUAUCAAUGUCUGGGCCGGCGAGAAGUGUCGAACGAUGGGGGCUGGUGACUUUGCGAGCUUACCUCCUGGUACCAUCCAUCAGUACCAAGUCCUGGGAGCUCACGCCGAGAUGGUCGGCUUGAUAGUGCCAGGAGGUUGGGAGGAGUUCUUCCGCUUCAUUGGCGAGCCUUAUUCGGGACCAAUGUGGCCAAUGGACGAUAACCGGAACUUCCUCGAAGUCCUACUGCCCAAGCUCAAAGCGGCAGCAGAACAAUAUGACAUGGUACCUUGUCCACAGCAGGAGCACUUCGAGCCGCAAGAGUGGCAAGCAGACGAGAACCAGCUUCCAGGUAGUCCGCAGCCAUACUUCCUCAAGAACGCAUCCGGCCCGGCUUAUGAAGUGGGAGGCACGGUAUGUCGACCAAUCAUCACCACCGCCGAGUCCCACGGCAAAUUCGCAAUCGGUAGCAUUGAAGGUUCGUCUCAACACCACAAGCACGGCAUCUUCGCGAAAGAAGUCCAAUGUCUCCGGUUCGACAAUGUACAUCAUGCGUUUUACGUCGUCCAAGGGAGCGUCGAAUUCCAUCUUGACUCGUCUUCGCCGUCGAAGCUGGCCGCUGGUGAGGUCAUUUAUAUACCCAAAGGGACAGCUUUCCGCUACAAGAUGGCGUCUAGGCAUAACAAGGUGUACGCUUUCGCGAACGGAGGAGGCUUGAUCGAGGUGCUUUCCAAGCUUGGCAAAGAGCACAAGUCUCCUAUACUGCCAGAGAAGGCGGAAGAUGCCAAUGUCGGUGCCUUCAAAACGUUGCAGCCCGAAUUCGGAUUCUCCUUUUCGUAG